GUGGUGCAAUGGGGAUACUUGGGCUUCUUCUCCUUAUCGUUGACACAGAGCGUACAUCAAAUCAAUAUCGACAGUGGGAAGGGUAGAUACAAAAUAAGGUAGAAUGGCUGGCUGAAAGUUAUCAUGCAGAAGAGGAGAACUGGUUUUUGUUUGGCAAUCAAAGUCAAAACGAGUCACAGAGGCGGCAAAGCUGGCAGCGAUGGUUUGAAUGUCGGUGGUGGAAUACCUAGUGUGGUGUGGUGUUGUGUUGUUAUUCCCUUACUUAUUGCUGAGGUCUCGGUCUGCCACUCCACAAUGCCAUUAUCAAUUGUUUUCGAGCCAUGGACUUUGCUUGCUGCUGUUCUCCAAAACGUGGCUCCUUCGGCUGUGGCUUGGUCCCAUUGCCAUGCCAAAGGCCCAAAGCGUCGGCUGUGGCUCUGCCUGUGCAGGGCCUGGUCUUGUCUGGCUUUGGCUGGCCUUUCAAGCUGCCUGCCAGGUACACCCCGCUACAGCACGUCUCGCUCACUACCUAAGUACCCUAUUGCGUAAGUGCUGUAUCUGUAUCUAGUGUAGGUCUCUGGUGGGGGAAGCCCGC